AGGGUUUUCUUCUUGCUGUGGCAUUCACUGCGUUCAUGUGGUGACAUCCAGCCCCGCUGCGCUGACUCCUGGGAUCCACGCAGCUUUUUGCGGGAGAGCUUUUAAACAGGAGACAAGACAAGCAGAAGAAGCAGGCGCGUGAAGAAGUUGAUCAGCUGUCGAUAUAUCAUAAAUCCACUGACAUGGCAGCCAUGGAAGCCCUGGAGUCUGCCCAGCUGGAGCCUCAGAGCCUCACCGAAAUCUCCGACGAUGAGGUCAACCUCCCACCCUCAGAUGAUGAAGACAAUGCAGCCAAGAAAGAUCCGUCCGCCGUGGACGCAGACGGGGGCGAGGAGAAGGAUGAGGCGGUAAAACUGGACCCGCAGGUGAAUGGGGUCAUGGUCCUGUCUCUGCUCGACAAGAUCAUCGGGGCGGUGGACCAGAUCCAGCAGACCCAGAGCGGUCUGGAGGCCCGGCAGCAGGAGAUGGAGCGCUCAGUGACCAGCAUCCAGGGAGAGCUGACCAAACUGUCCAAGAGCCACAGCACCACGUCCAACAGCGUGAGCAAGAUGAUGGAGAAGGUCCGCAAGGUCAGCGUUAACGUGAAGACGGUCCGGGCCACGCUGGAGAAGCAAGGAGGCCAGAUCAAGAAGCUGGAGAGCAACGAGGCCGAGCUGCUCAAGAGACGCAACUUUAAAGUCAUGAUUUACCAGGAUGAAGUUAAGAUUCCUUCAAAACUGAGCAUCUCUAAAUCCAUGAAGGUGUCUGAGUCUGUAUCAGGAAGCAGAGGAGGGAGUCUGCUGGAGCUCAAAGAAGCUGUAGAAGAACCUGGAGAAGAAGGCGGAGAAGGAGAAAAGGCAGACAAACCCCAUGUCGACCUUUCAUCGGACGAGGAGGGGUUGGACAUUGAGGAGGUCAUUGAGGAAUCCCGAGCUGAACGCAUUAAGCGCAGCAGUCUGCAACGCGUACAAACCCUGAAGACUGUUUUCUCAAAGGAGAAGAUGGACAAGACCAGAGCAAAGACCAAAGAGAACCUGGAGAAGACCAAACAAAAAACUAAAGAGAACCUGGAGAAGACAAAGCAGAAGACAAAGGAGAACCUGGAGAAGACCCGACAAAGAACCAAGGAGAAUUUAGAAAAGACCAAGCAGAAGACGAAGGAGAAUCUGGAGAAGACGCGCCACAACAUCGAGAAGAAGAUGGGAAAACUUGGAACACGCAUGAGUGUCAAUCCUGAGCGCAAACAAAAGAUGAAGACAUCCAGUGACAAGAUGAAGAAGGCCUUCACCCCAGACCAUGUGGUGUAUGCCCGGUCCAAGACCGCCGUGUACAAGGUACCCCCCUUCACCUUCCACGUCAAGAAAAUCCGAGAGGGGGCUGUCGAGGUGGUCCAAGGAACCGAGAUGGUGGAGGUAUCAAGGGAUGCUGAGCCCUUCGAGGGAGUAGAAGAGCCCAUAGAUGACGUCGAGGUGGAGGUUGAGAUGGAGAUGAUGAAUGGAGCUGGGGAUGAAGAGGAAGCUGAGGAGGAUGAAGAGGAAGACAGCCAUGAUGCUUUGCAGGAGAACGAUGAAAGAGAUAGAGACAGCGACUAAAUGCAAACAUUCACACCCAGUCCUUCAUUCCUACUCUGAGUUUCUUUAUGAAAACAAAAUAAAUUUGGGAAGGUUUAGAAGAAUGUUCAAUGACAACAUUUUAAUUGUAAGUUUGGCCAUCAUUCCUACUGUUAGUAGAACUCCCUGAAUGACCUCAGAGAAUGGGAAUGUCACAGAAGAUCCAGCAGGCGGUAGACAAACCAACACUUACACCAACGGAAAGAGUGCAUCCAAAAUAUUCCCUGUAGUUCUUUAUAUUAUACAAACGUUAAAUUUGUAGUUGAGAAAGCAUUGGCUGGUCGUAUACCUGGGUGUCUCUGCUGGCUGACUGUUGGUUUGUCUACAUCUAGUCUGACUGUCUGCCUCACAACUGCUCCAUUUGGCCUGGAUAUGCAUCUGCUGUACGACUCCAGGUUUGCUGGUUUCUAUCCUAAUUGUAUUUGGGUUCUUGCCUUUUCAGCCACACCAGAAAUACACCAUUCUGACACCUGACUGUAAACUCAUAAACUCUCCCCUGAGAGGAACCUGCCAGCCAUUAGAAAGAAAGCAGGUUCAGGACUUUUCUUUAGUGGCUGUAAUUUUCACUCUGGUGCUACAGUCGCCGUCUAUAUUUGUGUAUUCAUAUAAUUUUAGCCACGGAUAUUAAUUUUAUCCCUUCCAUGUCUGAACCAAGAACUAAUGGGCAGAAAAGUCUAAUUUUUUAAAAUCUGAAACCUUUAUUUGACCCUUAGAAAAUGGAUGUCAGAAUUACUGUAGUUCACAAGGUAUCCACCAGGGGGCAGAAGACAAGAAUUAUGUUGUAUACUUUUUUUCCAGGUGUCAGAAACUGUAUGUACCAAAUACGCAAAAUUAGCCAUUAGGAGAGGAAGAUUAUAAUUUGGACAAAAUUUUUUUAUUGUUUUAAUUCCCUUUAAUCUUAAGGAAUAUGUUUUAAUUUGCAUUAUGAAAUAAGGGCUAACAGAACACCUUUUUCAAAGAGCACAUAUCAAUUCAUAGUGAAUAUAAAAACUUUAAUUGUAACCUUACAAAUAAAACAAAGAAAACACUUUAAAUAGAAGACUAAUCAAUAUAAUGAACCACUUAAUAAUGUUUCAGUGUUUACAUGGCCCCACUUUUUUUGUGUUAUAUAAAUGUUCUCAUUACUAAAUCAACAAAUGUCAACAUCUGCUAUCAGUUUACCAAAAGACUGAUUAAUCGAGCUGAAUAUGGGCUGAUGCAGAUGAAAGUAUAAUAUCUAACACGUCAGAAACAAUUGUAAAUGAGCGUUUGGUGGAUUGUUUCUCUAUUGUAAAAAUACUUCUGAAACUGAUUCUGUGUUGAGUUUGUGGGUUGCCAUGAAAAACUUGCCAAAUCUUCUCUGCCAGUGGCAAACAGCUUAUCCCGUGGUCCCGUUUACAAGACAUGAAAAUAUUUUUGGUUCGCGUUUUUUGAAAAAAAAAAAAACAAAAAACAAAAAAACAAAGCAAAACAACCAUUUAUACAACAGCAGAAUAAAAACUACGUUCAUGCACGAGAGACGAUGCGCAUGCCAGGCCUCUAGGAGGCAGUAGCAACGUUUACAUGGAACUUUUAAUCCAAUCAGACGUCCAAUCAGAAUAAAAAUACACCAUGUAAACAUGUCAAUAGGAAUCUCAGAUCAGAGUGAUUUCAGUCAGAUAAAUGUAGCUAGUGAAACUUUGCCACGACGCACCCAGGUGUACACCGUGUCCUCAUAAAACCUCUAAUUAUCUGGCGCACGUAACCUCUGCGUCUUUGCUGACGGCAUUAAUGCCAGAAACAGGUUCUGCUUCAACAGACCAAAUUAAUUUAAAAGAUGUAGCAACACAAACAUGACACAGAGGCCGCCAUUGUUGUUGUGCUUCUUGCAGGUGAAGCAGGGUCUGAGUUCGCAAGUGCAAGAUGACAUGAAAUACGUCAUCGUCGCCAAAAGAUUCUGCUUCCAGUUUACCCUGACGGGACCGCGGUUUUAUCCACCCAAAACUCUGUUACCGUGGAAACAAGAGGCCAGAACGCAGCAAACGUUUGUGCUUUACUGUCUCAGCAUUGUGGUGCAAACAGGGCCUUAGAAAUAAUCCACCAAACAUUCAUUUAUUUACUUUUUGUGCUAAGUUUAUACUCGGUAAAUGAAUAAAAGUCAGGAUGUGGAGCUACUUCCCACUGCUGUAAUAAACAAAAUAAACAAAACUUAUAAAAGCCGUGACCUUGGAUAUAUUCCAGACUAGGAAUAACGGCAAAAACAAAAUCUAAACCAAUGUGGCAUCAUGUUGCAGGGCCAAAUGUGAAUCAGUUAUAGGUUGAGAAGAAUAUCUAAAUUCUUCCCCACAGACUUUACGUUUACUGGUCUACAUGAUCAUGAAGCCAAAAACUGAUCUGUGGGCAGGGGAGGAUAAGAUCAGUAGUAGUAUGAUGAGGAAAUCAUGGGGAGGGAGCAUCAUUCUGUUGUUAGAAAGUCUGACUGACUUUUCUUUUACACAGAAUGGCACCAAACAUUCACAACUAGUAGGAUGAAGAUGUAGAAAAGACUGAUCCUGGUCCUUGAAUUUCAGUAUAUUUGUUCAAAUGAUCUUCCUUCCCAUUAGCCACACAUCUUUGCUCACACAGAAAUUCUUUGUUUUUUAAAUAUCACAUAUCUUCAAUCAUUCCUUCCACCUUUGUUGCUGAUCAGCUGUUUAAAUUUAUUACUAUUUGCUUUAUUCACCUUAUUUAGAGGCACAAUGGCGUCUGCAGGUUGGCAUGAACAACACGUGUUUGUGGAUGUAAUCACACAUCACAUCUCCUCAUUUAGACGUUUCCUCUUCAGCUCACUUUGAUUCAUGCAGUUUGUCAUAUUUCUGCCUUUCAUCUUAAAUUAUAAUCAGUUAAUUUCUGCUGAACGUAGGGAAGCUUACAUUUACUGAUUUAUCUUAUUCAUUCUGAGACUUUGUUUAAACAAGUUGUUUUAAAGAUGUCUUUUGCAAAUAAACUGUGAUAAGGAGCAAAACUGUUGGUAUGAUUCACAAACCGACACACUGGAGUCUCCAUGCCGGUGUUGUGGUCCAGUACUGACCCCCAGUGUUCAAUCGUCCUUCUCAUUCACAUGUGCUAAAGUUAAGCAGCUUUUUGUUGUUAGCUGGGCUUUCCACGUCUGUUCUGAGUUUGCAGAAGGCAGGGUGGGGCACUUUGAACAGGUUUUUUUAGCUUUUAGGGAGGCGAUCUGAGAAAACAGUAUGGAUAUAUCAAAACAAGUUUAUGUAACUGUUGGCAAAGGUUGAACCUCCCACGUUAUAUCAAAGCCAUCGUAGUUUCCUUUUUCCACGGAGUCUCCAGCCGUUUGCUCUCUGCACUGGUUCUGAAUGAAACCUGCAGAAAUGGAAACAUGGAUGAAAUAUUCUGGCCUUUUAUAAACUGCUAAAGGGCCUCAGUUUAUUAUUUACAAUAUUUGUAGACACAAAUGGAUCUACAAAUUCACGCUUAAUUCCAGGUAUCUGGAAGUGAAAAAUCCAGUAUUUUACAUGAAGAUCAGAACAACUUUUCCAGAUCUGGAGGUUAUUUUAAAUGUACAAACGUGUACAUUUCCACAUGUGUACAGUAAUCCUGACCACCUGAACUGAACCACAUCAUCAUAAAAAAACUGAAGUCACAUCUGUUAAGUCAGAAAGUAAAGAUGGAGCAAGUUCUACUGCCUUGGAAAUGUUUUAUAUUUAAACAUAAAUAAAUAAUUAAAUACUUAAAACCUCAUCUGGACACAUUAGAGAUUACAGUUACUUUUAUUAGAAUAUUAGAGUUAAUAUCUUCUAUGUUAUUUUUAUAUUUAUUCAUCCUGUGGCCCAAAUUGGACCCUCUGGAGGGCCGAUUUUGGUCCCCAGGCCGUAUGUUUGACAUCCCUGGUCUAGAUCAUAAUGCACCAUUUAUACAUCUUUUAUACAUCAAUUUAUUAAUUAUUUCCUAAAACCUUAUCUACAUGUGUCACCUUUUCCCAGUCUGUACUCCAGCCUGGCUCCCCAUUAAAAACCUUUUAGACCUGCAAACUCCUGCAGGUCUGAAGGCAGAAACAGAGGAUGGCCUUUUAUCUUGGUCAGGAGUUCAGAAAUGUUUCUGUAACCGGGCACAUCUUUACAUCAGAUCCACGGGUCAGCUGUGACGUCAAACCACAGGACCCAUCCUGUCAUAAUGCAGCAUUCAGCAGGGAAAACCUGCAAAACCUGUCCCCUGCUGUGCUUUGUGUCUCUGUUUGCUUUCCACUGCAUUGCUUAACCACUAAUGACUUCAUUAAUAAAGCUAUUUGAUUCACA